UGGAUUUAUUUUUAAUUCUAAAAUAUUAGUUUUAUACCCUGAUAAAUUAACAAAAUUACAAAGAUUAUUACAUGGGUAUUAUCCGCCCAUCCAACGGCCCGUGUUUUCAAACCGGAUCGGAAGCUGAACCAUAUAUUUUUUGGGUCAUGGUUCAAUAUGGUUCAAGCGGGUCAAACAUGGUUCAAUAAGUUGGAUUGAUAUAUUUUUAGUCUAUAAAUUUAUAAGUGGUGUUAGUAAAUAUGAUACAUAAUUAAAAUAUAAAUUAAUUUAAAACAUAGAACAUUAUAAAUAUAAAUUAGUUUUAUGUUUAUAUGAAUGGUUUAUAGAUUUUUGAUAGUUUUAAUGGCUUUUAUCAGUUUAAUAACUUUGAGAUCCAAUCCGACUACGUGAACGGUAACCCGUUAUUAGACUCAAUUCCGGCUAUGUAGCCGGUUCAUGGUGGUCCAACCAUCGGGUCGGUCUGGUUUUAAAAACAUUGCCAACGACUCAUCAAAUCUAAAAUGAUAUGUUCUAACCCUAAAUUCUAAUGCGAUUUUAGAUGUCUAUCUCUUCCUUCUCACAAAGCAAUUUUCAUAAAAUUAUCGACCACGUCCUUCUCUCCUUCAAGCCGUUCGUGAAACUCGGAAAAACUAGAACUACAAACUACUAGGUAAUUAGUCUAUUAUUCUUGUCAAUUUUGUGUAUCUUAUCUGAAUAUCUAGUUAAUAUGUUCAUUGUUAUGGCUGCCAAAGAUGGCUAAAACAAGAUGGACAAAGAAAAUAGUCAAGAAUGCAACCAAGAUCUGAGAGCUCCUCUGGAUUAGAUGAAGAAGACGCAAACUCAGUUAAAGAAGAUGAGAGCGGAUCUCAAGAGAGCUCAAAAUCUCAGACUCGACUGUUAAGGAAGUCCAAAGAAAUGAAAAAGAAGGUAAUAAGGACAAGGAAGUACCAAUCGAAACGUGAGUGACAUGGUCGACUCAGUGGUAAGUAGUUCAGUUUGUAGUUUGACUCAUUGUUUGUUCCUAGACUCAAAUAAUUCGGUAGAACUAUGGAAAACUACUUCGUUUUAUUAGGAAAAAAGAUGCUUGGAAUUGACCGCAUUUAAGUAAUAGAACAUAAUUUUGUGAUGUGUUUGCUGAUUUCAGAUAUAACUAGGUAUAAUUUGUCUUAGAAAUGUACUGACGUCAACUGAAUGUUUGUUGCAGGAUUCCGAGGAUGAAACGACAUCACUACAAUCUGAAUAGGCCAACAACAAGGUCAAGAAAAAAAAAGUGUUGGCUUUAAUUGUGGUAAACUAUGUUGGUUUUGGUCCCAUAUUUACUUCAGUUUUUAUUUGAUUUCAUAUUAAUGGUAUUACUAGGUAAAAAUAUUUUAAUUGAACAUGAUAUCAGCUACAAAAGCCAAUCAGCAGCAAAAUCACAAGUUCUUGCUGACUUCAUUAUUGAAUAAGCUCCUGAAAUGGAACAGGACCUGAUCCUUCCUAGUGAGAAUUGGAUCUUGCAUGUCAUAGGUCUUCUUCAAAUAAAAGAUCCGGAGUUGGAGUUCAUCUUCAAUCUCCUACAUGAGAACUUAUCCGACAGUCAUUGUGUCUAGGGUUUGCAGCAUCCAACAACGAAGUAGAAUACAAGGCCCUUAUCGCUGGAAUUUGGUUAGCAAAGGCAUUAAGGCGAACCAUAUUGAUAUCACUCAAAUUACAAUAAGGAAUGGUUUUACUCUCUCAAAAGAGGUUUAGUUGUAUUACUUUGGGAUUGUAUCCACAAGGAGCUAGGGCACACAAUAGAUCUGAAGCAGUUGUAAUUAAGCUAGACAAAUAGUUUAAAAGCAGUAAACAAUGAAAGCAUGGUGAACAAGUAAUUGUUCAGUUGAUUGAUUGAGGUUGUUAAUAAUAAAGAGAAAACAUUAGAUUUAGGGUUUCAAGUAAUCAAGAUUAUGAUAUAAAAUACUUAGGUAUCCUAGAACUCGAAUUAUUAUGUGAAAGUAUUCCACCUUCCGCUGUGAAUCAAUCCUAUUAAUUAAUUCUAAUAUCUCAGUUGCCGCUUGUUGAUAGCGUCGAUCAAUGCUAUUGAGUAUUGAGCUAGCGUCGAUCGAUUCUUCCUUAGGCAAGCGUUAGCGAAUUGAUCGAUAGGUUCACUAAUCUUAACUAAAUCAGCUUUCGCAUGUUUCUAGCCAUCUCAAGGAAUAUAUUCUGGUGCAGAACCUACCGUUGUAGUUAUCCACAAUCCUAAUAUCAUGGUUCUGGUUAGCUACUUUAGAACACAAGUAUUACAAGCAAUUCUUUGAAGGAUAUUUAUCACCUUAGCAAGUUUAUAGUUUUGGUUAAUCCUUCAUAACCCUAAUUAAACCCUAAAUCGAACAAGUGAAUUACUUAGACAUAAUCAAACAAGACAUGAUAUAAAUCUGAAUAAACUGCAUAGAUAAGAAUUAGGUAGAAAAACUGGAGUUCCAAUACAAAGCUCUGAAAGAGUCUUGGAUCUUCUCUCCAAACUAGUAAAAACCCUAAACUUUGUGGUUUGAAAAUAUGAAAGUGUAGAAAAGCGUGUGUUGCCCAAUACAAUGGCACAACACAUUAAUAUUAGGUUAAAGUCGGUCAUGGGUAGUUCUGCAAAUAGUGGAAUCUUGGGCUUCAAGUCAGUCAUGACAUGCGGUCCGCUUCUUGCGCCUCACUGUCUAUCAACGACAACAUGAAUUUGCCGACCGACGUUUGACUCUGAAUGUCGACUCGAGCUGGUCUCAUGAGCGGCUACGAGUUUCUCCUAUCUUUAUCUACAAAAUGCUCCAAAAUCACCACUUUAUUCCAAAACAUGCCUAAACCUGUAAAUACUCAAAAAAAAAAAACUCCAAAACAUAAUAUAAAAAUCCUAAAACACUCAUAUACCAUGGCUAAAAAUUGGCAAAAUCCAUGGUAUAUCACAUAUCCAUGCCUACUGUUACUCGCAAUUCGUCGCUAACCAGUACAUUGGAGAUUAGAUGUUAAAAAUGAAUGUAUGGACGCAUACCUCAAGUCGUCCAAAAGUAUUUGAGUUCUUCAAACUCACAAAGGUCCUCAAAGAGAAAUGUACGUACAGAUGCUCUCUGCGUUUGGGAAUAAUUCCAAGGAUCAGAUAAAGAGGACCAUUUUGGUCCAAAAGAUCGAUAGGCCGACCAUGAUAUUAGCUUCUGAGAAAGCCAAAAUUGUCACUCCCAUCUUGGAGAUAACUGGCAUGGAGGUGGAUAAAAAUCCUCCUAACAAAGAAUUCAAAGUAACUGCCGCAGAUUGGAGGCUUCCAAUCAAUACAAUAUAUCAUUGACAUCACAUUGCGUGACAACAAAUGGGAAGCUUACCUCGUCAUGGACGAUAAAAUCUAUCGCUGGACAGCCAAUAAAGUUCUACUAACGUGCAUUUAGAGAAAAGAAACCAGAUUGGUCAUGGCUGAGACUCACGAAGGAGCAGUAGGUAACCAUUCCGGUGGACGAGCUCUGACUCUUAAGAUUAAAGGAUUCUAUCAUUUUUUUCCAACAUGAUGGCAGAUUGCAAAGAAUACACCUCAAAUUACGAGAAGUGUCAGAUGCAUGCUACAAACUUCACUGUCCAACCGGACUGUUAAGAACAACUAUUGCACCAUAUCAUUGCAUGUGCUGAGAAAUGGAUAUAGUAGGUCAUCUGCCGAGUUCGAGGAAACAACAGUUCCUACUUGUGAUGACUGAUUACGUCACAAAGUGGAUAGAGGCAAAAUCAUUCAUUAAGGUUACAUACAAAGAAGUGCAUAUCUUCAUCUAGAAGUACAUCAUUUUCCGACAUGGACUUCCAUAUGAGAUAGUAAUUGAUGGAUCCCAGUUCACCUAUAAAAAGUUCUGUGGAUUAUGAGAAAGAUGGAGGAUUCGCUUGAGCACAUCUAUAUAAAAAAAAACCCCCAAGGAAAUGGAUAAGCUGAAGCAACCAACAAAAUUAUCAUCAACGGAAUCAAGAAAUGCCUUAAGCUUAAGAAAGCUCACUGUGCAGACGAGCUGGAUGGUGUCCUCUGGUCACAUAGAACAACGCCGAGAGGAUUAACUAAUAGGAUCAACUAGUAAUGGAAGAAAUGGCUCCUGCCUGAAGUCAAUGUUUCCACCCUCAGAUGAUCUAAGCUUUCUCAACACGUCGAACUGAAUAAAGAAAUGGUGCUCGACGCCUUAGACGAAAUAGAAAAACGACGAGAUCAAACACUUCUCCGGAUCCAGAACCAUCAACAUCUUGCUGAAAACUAAUACAACAAGAAAUUCCAAGCAAGACCUUUGGAAAUCGGUGAUCUUGUUCUGAAAAAAGUGUUUGAAAAUACUAAAGAGUGGAUGUAUGGCAAGCUUGGGACUAACUGGGAAGGUCUAUAAGAUCGUCAAAGUAAUAAACCCGGCGCCUAUCAACUUGCAGCAUCAUCUGGAAAGCCGGUGCCAAGGUUAUGGAAUUCCAUGAACCAUAAAUGCUAAUUCAAGUAAGAGCACUUCACGUGCUAAAAAAGGAAACUAUGGAUGACUUGAUCCUCUUUGGGAGUAUGUAGGCUGCUCUCACGAGUUAUAUUUCUGCCCGUCGUAGUUUUCAAUUACGAAAAGCUAUACCAAUAAUAUAAUAACUAGGUAGAGACUUGCGUUUUGCGCAUGGUGAGAUUAUAAUAACAAUAGUAUAAUGUAAUUUACAUUUUUGUGGAUAGUUUGUAGAAAUUUGGAUUAUUGAGCUUCAACAAUUUUAGUUUCUAACUAUACUAAUUUUUUAAAAAAAUCAAUUUAAAUAUACCAUUCCAUAAAUAAAAAUUUAAAUUAAUUUACAUCAAUAUUACAUGUUUUAUAGUCUAUCUGAUUUUUAAGAUAAAAAUUAAAACAGUAUACUGGUAACUCCUUUUAAUUUAUAAAGCUUGUAACAAAUCCAUGAUUAACAAAACUGUAUCUUCACGAAGGAUUUAACCUUUGUAAGAAAAGAGAGGCAAGGAAUCCUGCAAGUCUUCAAGAAAGAAUAACUCCUUUUUAGACAAAGACUCAGAAUGCAACUUGGCAUCCAAAUACAGUGCAAAACGCUCACUUUUGGUAAUAUAUAUAUAUAUCAAAUAAGCUUCACAAAUUGGUGAAGAAAAAAAAAACAGUGGAAGAGGGGAGAUCAGAUUUCAAUAUAAACGAGGCAAUGAGUAUGAUUAGUGAUUCAAUGGUUCCGGUUCACCCGAGUUUAGAGAAAUUGAAUUCUCCCGUUCUCUCUAAGGUUUGUGCAUGGGGGGUAAUGUUAGGGCUAUUUGUCGUUUCAAUAAUCGCCAUGGCUUAUGCUUGCUAUUACACGCGAAACGCUUCAAAUCCAAGCACUGGAGGGCAAGAUAAACCAAUAAAGAAGGAAGUAUUGAAGCCACUAGACAUGGAACCAAAGAUAGUUGUCAUAAUGGCCGGUAACGAAAAUCCUACCUUCUUUGCCAAGCCAAGCAAGAUCAAUGCAUGACCAGUACAAGAUCGCUAGAUUAUUGUUUUGGUUUUCUUUCUUCUUUAUGCUCCUUACUUGUUUAUAUUUGAAUUUUAAACUUGUUACAAUAAAAUGAUUUUUUUUAUUUCCUUAUAUAAUUAGGGGGUGAUUGGUAAGUGCUGUGAGUGCUUUCCACAGCUAAUUUUUUUCUACAUCCACUUUAGUUUACGAAUCAUGCUUUAA